AAAGUGGGUGAGCGCAUCGGCCAUUUUGUUCCCUGAGUGAUAACGGACUAGUAAGUAUAGAUACAAUUUCUCACGUAAAAAAUGCAAUUUUCUCGAUAGUUCGCGAGUCCGGGUGAACUUACGUGUAGUCUCAAAUUAAAGACAAUAAAAUUUCCUAUCGAUCGAUGUUAAAUUUUGAUCAUUUCAUGAAAAAAUAACGACUUUAUGAAUAGGUACUUCAAUUUUACUGAUUUCUGCGUACUACGUACGUCGUCUUUAAACUAAAAAUACUCGAAAUUUUCAGUGGACGCAUAGGUAUUUUAAUACAGCAAAAUGUUCGUAAUUGUAUCCUUUUUAAAAUGGUUGUUUACCGAAAGCUCUACAUGCAACCGUUCAAAAGUUUUCGAAGUUGAAAGUUGGGAAAACAAGCUGCGGAUGGUAAGUACUGAACUUUGAACUAAUAUUACUCGAAAUUUUCAGUGGACACGUAGGUAUUUUAAUACAUCAAAAUGUUCGUAAUUGUAUCCUUUUUAAAAUGGUUGUUUACCGAAAGCUCUACCUUCAACCGUUCAAAAGUUUUUGAAGUUCAAAGUUGCGGAAAGUGGCCAAAUUGUGUUAUCACUGUUAUCAGUCACUUAGUUUUGAUCAGUAUUUUACUUUCCGCAACUUUGAUCUUCAAGAUCUUUUGAACGAUGAGAGGUAGAACUUUCGUUAUAAGCUCAUUUUAAAGACGAUAAAAUUACGAACAUUUUGCUGUAUUAAAAUAUCCAUGUGUCCGUUGAAAAUUUUGAGUAAAAUUUGUUCAAAGUCAAAUACUUACUGCCCGAGUGCCCGCAGCUGAUUUUCGCAACUUUCAACUUCGAAAACUUUUGAACGGUUGCAUGUAGAGCUUUCGGUAAUAGCUCAUUUUAAAGAGGAUAAAAUAACGAACAUUUUACUGUAAUAAAAUACCUAUGUGUCCACUGAAAAUUUCGAGUAUUUUUACUUUAAAGAUGACGUACGUAGUAUGCAAAAAUCAGUAAAAUAGAAAUAUUCAUAAAAUCGUUAUUUUUACGCGAAAUGAUCAAAAUUUAACAUCAAUCGAUAGGGAAUUUUAUUGUCUUUAAUUUAAGACUGCAUAACAGUUCACCCAAACUCGCGAACAAUUUAAAAAAUUGCAUUUUUUACAUAAGAAAUUGUAUGCAUAAUUACUGGUUCGUUAUCACUUCAGGGAACAAAAUGGUGGAUGCGCUCACCUGGUUUAUAUAGAGCCCUAGGCAACUUAGCAACUUCGUUUCGCGUCAGUGGAACGAAAAUGAUAAGAAGUUGCUCGGUUAUUGGCUGGAACUAGCAACCAAAUCAAAAUUUUUUGAUUUGGUUGCCAAGUUGCCAGUUGCUGGUUGCUAGUUGCCGCUUAUGUAGCAGUCCACUAUCUCACGCGCUUGAUAACUGAUAUUGAUAAGCUUUUUUUUUCGUUUCAACUUUCAAAUUUUGGAUUUCGGAUUUUCAUUUCAGUUCAAAUUAAUUGGAAAUUCGAAGUCGUUGUUGUUUCGUCUUCUAAGGUCGUCUAUCAAAGUUGUUAAUCAUUUAAUAAAUAUUGAACUUUUACUUUUUCUACUCAAUAGUCAAUACGUCAAUACCGAUUAGCUGACUGAACGCCGGUAAUAAAACGACCUUCUUCAUGAAGAAUAUCAAUAUCAUCUCAAUUGCAAGUACACCAACUUAAUUGCUUAAUAAAUGUUCAAAAAUUAUUGAUGACUGGAUUUAAUCACCGACUACUUGUGUGCUCCAAGAUUAAUACUAAGGGUGAUUGUAUUUUCGAUAAUUUCUUCCUUAGAUCACUGUAUACGUUAUCUAGGAGUUGUCAUCGUUCGUCGUGUUCCAAUUCAAAUUUCUGUAAACCUGCAUAGCAUAUGGUGUAGUGCUUUGAAAACUUUUAUGUGUUUUAUACAACAAGAAACCAAGAUAUUUUAUGCCUCAUUUGCCUCUAGACCGAAGAAAAUUCAGAUUGGAAUCCCUGAUGUUGCAUUGUUCAUAACCAUCGAGCUUCAAUUGAUCAGUUUCCAUUACUGCGGAUGAACCGUUUAAACGCUUGCUGAGAUUUGUUGAUGGAAAAUUGUUACAAAGUUCAGCAAACGGUAAAAAUGUUUUCUAUCUGCAAAGGCCAUACACAUCUGUCGAAGCAGUUAUAUUACUUCCAUGAAGGUAGCACGAUGAAGAUGUUUCCUUAUCUUCGAGGCCGUAAUUACUUCUCAAAAAAAUCGUAUUACAUGCAAGAAACAGUAACAACAGUGCUGUCUGACUUACGAGAUCGUGUUGAUUUUCCUAAACAAGUUCAUCAUACUCUUAAUUUUAAUGUGAAACCGGUGUUUCUUAGCUUAUCAAAGUGCGCUAAUUUUUCCAAAAAAGUAUGUUACAUGCACACGAAAAUCGUUAACUUCAGAACACACGCGGAUUUCUCCAAGCAGUUAAAUUUUACGAAGAAAAACUCGAACGAGGAGCUUGGUGAUUUGGUGCAAGAAUGGCUUAAACGUUUCGAUUCUCUGGGCAGAAUUGAGGCUACCGGAAUUUCUGGAACGUUCAAUAGUUUAUUAAAAUUCAAUAUUUUUGGUACCGAGUGGAACACUGAAUGUCAAGAAAAUUUCAAACGGUUAAUCGUUAGAUUGGCGGAGAAAGGAGAUCAAUUAUUACAUCCAAAUAGCCGAGCUCCUUCUAAAUUUAGCUCUUGGCAAGUUGCUAAUAGUUUGAAUGCGUUAUCCCAAUGGAAUGUUUUGAAUAGCAAUGUAUGGGAAGGUCGUGUUCACAUUGUCAACAAUCAAAUUGCCAAGGUUGAUUUAUUUAAAUCUGUCAUUAAUGGAUUGUUAUGCCGAGGAACUUGGCUACUGGAAAACGAUACAAUUGAUAAAUUCGAUUCUCAAGGUAUUACCAAUUGUCUGAGGGCUCUAUCGAAAUGGAAUAUCGACGAGCUCGAAGGAUCCAGGAAGUUUAUCAGUUGUUUAGUGAAACGAGGCGCCACAUUUACCGAUCAGUUUCACUCUGUGGCUGUUUCUAACAACUUGACUGCUUUGUCUAGGUGGAAUUUGAGCGAUUUCGAAGGAUCCAGAGAAUUCAUCGUUCAGUUGCUCAAACAAGGAACAUCGACUGAUAACAGAUUCACUCCCCUGAGUAUCGCCAAAACUUUGAACGCAAUGUCCAAAUGGAACAUCGAAGAAUUGCAAGGCGCCAAGGAGUUUAUAAUUUAUGUAAUGAAACAAGGAACUUCGAUGGCCAAUAAAUUCAAUUCCAUGGAGAUUGCGCACAGUUUGAACGCUCUAUCCAGGUGGAAUGUCGACAAGAUGCUAGAGGCUAGAGGUUUUAUUGUUCAUUUAAUUAAAAAUGGAGAUUCUAUCAUCGAUACAUUCGCUUGCCAAGGUAUUGCCAACAGUUUAAAUGCAUUUUCCAAAUGGAACAUUGAUGAAUUGCAGGGUUCUAAAAAGUUCAUUGUUCAUUUGAUAAAACGAGGAAGCUCAUUAGCUGGAGGUUUCAAACCUCAGGAGAUUGCCAAUAGCUUGAACGCAUUGUCCAAAUGGAAUAUUUACGAGUUGGAUGGAAGUAAACACUUCAUCGUUCAAUUGGUGAGAUGUGGAACUCUGAAAGCUGACACAUUCGACUCGUUUGACAUUUCUAGCUCUUUAAAUGCCCUUUCUAAAUGGGAUAUUGAUGAAUUAGACGGAACCAGGGAAUUUAUCACUCGAUUAAUAAAACGUGGUCGCUCGUCAAUCAAUAGAUUCAAUUCACAGAGUAUUUCCAACAACUUGAACGCUCUCAGUAAGUGGAAUAUCGAUGAAUUCGAAGGAACCAGAGAGUUCAUCAUCCAGCUACUAAAGCAAGGCAAUUCCUCAGGUGGCAGAUUCAAUAUUCAGGAGAGUACAAAUAUCCUAAAUGCUCUAUCGAAGUGGAAAAUCGACGAGUUCGAAGGAGCUAGAGAAUUCAUUGUUCAGACGAUCAAACGAGGGAGCUCGAUGGUUAGCAAAUUUAAUUCGCAAAAUAACGACAACAGUUUGAGUGCUUUGUCAAUAUCAAAUGCCUUGAACGCGCUUUCUAAAUGGAAUAUCGAUGAAAUCCAUGAAUCCAAAGAGUUCAUUAUCCAGUUGAUAAUUUCCGGUAAUCAAAUUUGCGAUAAAUUCAACUCUCUUGAUAUUUCCACCUGUUUAAAUGCCUUAUCUAAAUGGAAAGUCUAUGAAUUACAAGGAGCUAAAGAAUUUAUUAAUCGAUUAAUCAAACGAGGCAGUUUAAUAGCUGCUGAAUUCGAUUCUCAACUUGUUUCUAAUUGCUUGAACGCUUUAUCCAAGUGGAAUAUCGAUGAAUUAUACGGAGCCAGAGAAUUUAUUGUUGAGUUGGUGAAACAAGGAAAUUCAACAAUCGAAGCAUUUAAUUCUCAAUCUGUUUCCAAUAGUUUAAACGCAUUGUCCAAAUGGAAUAUUGACGAAUUCGAAGGAUCGGUAGAAUUCAUUGUUCGAUUAAUACAACGAGGAAAUUCAACUAUUGGGGAAUUCAAUCCUCAAGCUAUUUCCAACAGUUUGUUCGCUUUGUGCAAGUGGAACGUCGACGAGUUACAAGGAGGCAGAGAGUUUGUCAUUGCGUUGAUUAAAGUAGGUAGUCGAACGGUCAAUCAAUUCGAUUUUCGAGCUAUAGCUAAUACCUUGAAUGCUCUAUCUCAGUGGAACAUUGAUCAGUUCGAUGGGACGAAAGAUUUCAUUGCUAGGUUAAUUAGUCAAGGGAAUUCAACAGUUUGCGAUUUUGAUGCGGGUGCUGUUUCCAAUAGUUUGAAUGCUUUGUCUAAAUGGGAAACUGAAAACUUGCUAGGUGCUGAAGAAUUCGUGGCUGAUUUAAUGAAGCAGAAAAACUGAGUUGAUGUAAAAGUCAAUUGUUCGAAUUUGUGGUUAUUUAUUGGAACCAUUCAAAUGUUUGGAUUAGGUUUCGUUUUGUCUUUCUUUCAAUUCAGAAAGAAUCGACUCAGUGAUGGAAAUUAUGUUUGUAAUUAAACUAUCCGAAAAAGUCCUAUUCAAGUGCCAAUUUCUUGAAAUUGAUCUAAUUUUUUUGGUGAUUGAAUUAGCUUAUUUUUUGAAAACUGUAAAUCAUGAUGCUAAUGAAAAAGUCGAAGGAAAGAAAAAUCAUUCUGAGUGAUUUGUCACUUGAAAAAUUUAUGAAUUUUGCCAUUUAAAUAGAACUUUCAGCAACAUUUUUGAAUGUCUCUUCUAAAUGAAA